CGCUGAUUGGCUGCUGCUACUCAUUCAUAAAUGCAUUCAUAGUGUGCGUCUGUGGUAGCCUGUGAUACUCCUGCGCGAAAGUGGUUGAUUUACAAAUGCUCGUAACUUGUUGAAAAAUAUACUUUGAUAAAUCAAAUUGUAACAGGAUUGAAGCUUAAAUCUUCUGCUUUCAGACAUGUCAAUUUUUUUUGGUCCAGGAUUUUGUUUUCUUUCUGAACAAACCGAAUUAAAUAGGGGUAGUGUCAAAGGGUAGUCUUCUUGCAAUGCGUCCCUGGUGGUAGGUAUGCAGAAUGUCUGCAUAAUCAGCAGAGCUUGUAAGACCAUUUUGUUGAGGUUCAAACCGGCGAGCUACAGGCGACGCCACAGUAUAUUUAUUUAUUGUAGAAUGAGUACUGUCAAACAGGAGGUUAUUAACAAUCUCAUAAUUCCUGAAUAGAUCCUGGAAUGUUCAUCAGUGUAAUCAAUCAUAAUCAACCACUUAUCAAACGCCUCAUUCGUAGUAGGUCCUGAAUUAUUUUGAAUGGGAUACAGUCUUACUCCAAUAAUGAAUCCUUACAUCCAAAAAAAGGUCUUGCAAUUCGAGUCAUUUGUGAAUGAUGUACUGAAGGAAGAUUUGCGAAAAUUGGAUGAGAAACUAGGCCAGUUAAAUUCUGAUAUGGCUGAAUUCCUUCAGUUGAAAACCAUGAUAUCAAAAAUACAACUAGCUAACCAAUCUUCUGAGAAUUCAGGUUUCAAGACUAAACUCGACAUUGGAAAUAAUUUCUAUGUCCAAGCUCAAGUUGAGGAUACAUCGACUAUCUUAUUAGAUGUAGGACUUGGUCAUUUUGUUGAAUUUACUUUAGAUGAGGCUGUAUUAGUGAUUAAUGUUAGGAUUAAGCUACUCGAAAGACAAGUAGAAAAUAUCAGAAAAGAAACUGCUAAAACUAAGGCACAUAUUAAACUUAUAUUAUUCAGCAUCAAGGAACUCCAGAACAUAAAAUAAUAAAAAUACGAAAUACAUUGGAUGAGAAAAGAAAACACGACUGUAAAAUCAAUGUAAAUAUAAAAAUAAAAACUAUUUUCUUCAUA